UACGGUUUAUGUUAUUUUUUUUGUUUAGAAAACUACAGUCAACACGAUACGUCGCCAUAUAUUUUUUAUAAAGUACAAUGUCUGCACAUGAACAAAUGAGGGCGAUGUUAGAUGAAUUAAUGGGAACAGAAAGAAAUGGGGAAGAUCCAGAAAAAGUUGAUUUUACAGAUCCACGAGUUUGCAAAAGCUUUUUGCUAAAUUCAUGCCCUCAUGAUAUUUUGGCUGGCACGAUUUAUUGAAACAUUGGAUAAUAAAUUUUCUUUUCAAAUGGAUACAUUUAGAAUGGACAUUGGAACGUGCCCUAGGGUCCACAAACUUGCCUUACGAGCUGAUUAUGAAAUGGCAUUCAACAAACGCGAUUAUUAUUUUGACAUUGAUACAAUGGAGCAUUUACAGGCCUUUAUAUCUGAUUGUGACCGUAAAACCGAAAUAGCUAAGCGGAAAUUAGCCGAAACUCAGGAAGAAUUAGAUGAAGAAAAUCAAGAAAAGGCCAACAAAGUUCAUGAAAUGGGUGAACAGAUAGGCAAAAAGUUGGCUCAAGCUGAAGAAUUAGGUGUUAAGGGCGAUGUUGAUGCCAGCAUGAAAUUAUUGGAGGAAGUAGAAGCAUUACGGAAAACCAAAUCGGACGCAGAAGUGGAAUUUCGUAAUUCAAUGCCAGCUUCAAGCUAUCAACAGCAAAAACUACGUGUUUGCGAAAUUUGUUCAGCCUAUUUGGGAAUUCACGAUAACGAACGUCGAUUAGCCGAUCAUUUCGGUGGUAAACUACACCUAGGAUUUAUAAAAAUUCGUGAAAAACUUGAAGAACUCAAAGGUGGUGCCGAAGAAAGGAAAGUUUUGAGGGAUCUUGACAGGUCUAAGAGAAGAGAUGAAAGGUCAAGAACUCCAAAUCGCAAACAUAAACACAAACAUCACAAGCAUAAGCAUCAUCAUCAUCAUAAAAGACAUUCUCAUUCCGGAUCUAAGAAAGAAAAAUAAUCAUAAAUUGAAUAUAUAAUUUUAUGAGCGCUUAUAUUAUGAUGUACUUGUAUGACCAUAUUGAAAUAUUAUAUAAUUGAGUUAAUUUAUUUUUUACAGCUUCUUGGGAAAUGAAUU